AUGGGGUCUCAGCUGCCUCGGACACUGCCAGCCCUGCUCGGGGACAAGGGGCAGUGCGGGGUGGCCCAGAGGGCCAUGGACCUGGCCCCCCGGGACCCCUCGGGCACCUCGGACCCCUUCGCCCGGGUGUCGUGCUGCGGGCACACCUCGGAGACGGCCGUGAUUAAGAAAACCCGUUUCCCGCACUGGGAUGAGGUACUGGAGUUCGAGCUGGCGGAGGGUGACCUGGGGGAGGCCGUGGUGAGCGUGGAGGUGUGGGACUGGGACAUGGUGGGCAAGAACGACUUCUUGGGACGGGUCGAAUUCCCUCUGGAUACCAUCUGCACGGAGCCCACCAAGGGCUGGUUCCAGCUCCUGCCCUUCCCAAGUGCCACCGAGGACCACGGGGGACAGCUGGGCGCCCUGCGGCUGGCGGUGCGGCUGGUGGAGGACAGGGUCCUGCCCCACACCUACUACCAGCCCCUCAUCCAACUCCUCACCGAGCCCAUCCUCUGCCCAGGCCAGCCCACCGCUGGCACGGCCCUGGCCAUCCUGGAGGAGGUGACCUCAGGGGAGAGCCGGCAGGACGUGGCCACCAAGCUGGUGAAGAUCUUCUUGGGGCAGGGGCUGGCUGUGCCCCUCCUGGACUAUCUCACCACCCGCGAGCUGGCCCGGACCACGGACCCCAACACCCUCUUCCGCUCCAACUCGCUGGCCUCCAAGUCCGUGGAGCAGUUCAUGAAGGUGGUGGGGCUGCCCUACCUGCACGAGGUCCUGAAGCCCGUGGUGAACCGCAUCUUCGAGGAGAAGAAGUACGUGGAGCUGGACCCCGGCAAGAUGGAGCUAAGCCGCAGCAGGAGGAUCUCCUUGAAGGGGUCCCUGUCGGAGGCACGGGUGCGGGAGAGCAGCCUGGAGCUGCUGAAGGGUUACCUGGGGGACAUCGUCGACGCCAUCGUGGGCUCGGUGGAGAAGUGUCCCCUCCUCAUGAGGGUGGCCUUCAAGCAGCUCCGCAGGCGGGUGGAGGAGCGGUUCCCCUCGGCGCAGCACGAGGAGGUGCGGUACUUCUCCAUCAGCGGGUUUCUUUUCCUCCGCUUCUUCGCCCCUGCUGUCCUCACCCCAAAGCUCUUCAGCCUCCGGGAGCAGCACGCUGACCCCCGCACCGGCCGCACGCUCCUGCUGCUCGCCAAGGCCAGCCCUGCCCGUCACCGGGCCGUGCCACCACGCAUCAGGCACAACACAGCAACCGGUUUGGGCCAUCAGUUGGGUCCCAUCACCCCCUGGGCUGCUCCGCUUCCCCACUUUCCACCCCGAUUCCCGAGCCCCUGA